UACAGAUUUAAGGAGUCUACGUAGGCUGCUACAUGAUAAGGGAAUGUGUUGUCUCAGGACUGACUCCUUCUGGAGACCUGCUGCUUCAGCCCAACAUCUCUGUGUCCUCCUCCAUGGACGGGGUCUCCGAGGCCCAGCAGCAGGGGUUCCAGGUAUUCAGGGGCUCCACCUUCAACAUCAGCUGCUUCAUCCAGCCACAGUACCCAGGAGGCUCCUUCCAACUCACCUUCACCUCCUCCAACUCAACACACAACUGCACCCAGCCAGCUGUCAAUCACUCUGCACACUUCCUGUUUCCUGCUGCAGAGCCCGCCCACCAAGGAACAUACAGCUGUGUUUAUCGCCUCUAUGUUUUCUCUCAUAACUUCUCCUCUGAGAGCCGUCCGCUCUCUCUCACCGUCUCAGACCUGCUGCUUCAGCCCAACAUCUCUGUGUCCUCCUCCAUGAACGGGGUCUCCGAGGCCCAGCAGCAGGGGUUCCAGGUAUUCAGGGGCUCCACCUUCAACAUCAGCUGCUCCAUCCAGCCACAGUACCCAGGAGGCUCCUUCCAACUCACCUUCACCUCCUCCAACUCAACACACAACUCCACCCAGCCAGCUGUCAAUCACUCUGCCCACUUCCUGUUUCCUGCUGCAGAGCCCUCCCACCAAGGAACAUACAGCUGUGUUUAUCACCUCUAUGUUUUCUCUCAUAACUUCUCCUCUGGGAGCCGUCUGCUCUCUCUUACCAUCUCAGAUCCAUCAUCAGAUCCAUCAGAUCCAUCAGAUCCACCAGAUCCAUCAGAUCCACCAGAUCCAUCAUCAGAUCCAUCAGAUCCAUCAGAUCCAUCAUCAGAUCCAUCAUCAGAUCCAUCAGAUCCAUCAUCAGAUCCACCAGAUCCAUCAUCAGAUCCAUCCAUCAUCAGAUCCAUCAUCAGAUCCAUCAGAUCCAUAUGA